CAGCAGCCGAGCCCCGAGCGGAGCAGGCGAGCGCAAGCGGCGGGCGGAAGGAGGCGGCCCGGCGGGCACCGGCGGCGGUCAUAUAUUGGAAUGAACUGCAAACAGUAAACAAACACCACAGUAUUUUCAUCAAAGCGGGACACACGGGGACAAGGGGAAUAUUGGUGUUCCAUCAAACUAAGAUCCACAACAGUAAAGGAGCUUGGAAAAAACCUCCAGUAGGGCUGUUAACACUGAUGAGAGAUCUUGUAUGCCAAGAUUGCCUGUAUUUGAACAGACCACAUCAUGCGUGAGUACAAGCUAGUGGUCCUGGGUUCAGGAGGCGUUGGGAAGUCUGCUUUGACUGUACAAUUUGUUCAGGGAAUUUUUGUUGAAAAAUAUGACCCCACAAUAGAAGAUUCAUACAGAAAGCAAGUGGAAGUAGACUGCCAACAGUGUAUGCUUGAAAUCCUCGAUACAGCAGGGACAGAGCAAUUUACAGCAAUGAGGGAUCUCUAUAUGAAGAACGGUCAAGGGUUUGCACUAGUAUAUUCUAUUACAGCACAGUCCACAUUUAAUGACUUACAGGACCUGAGGGAACAGAUUUUACGGGUUAAGGACACUGAAGAUGUUCCAAUGAUUCUGGUUGGCAAUAAAUGUGACCUGGAAGAUGAACGCGUAGUUGGCAAAGAACAGGGUCAGAACUUAGCAAGACAGUGGUGUAACUGUGCCUUUCUAGAAUCGUCUGCAAAGUCUAAAAUCAAUGUUAAUGAGAUCUUUUAUGACCUGGUCAGACAAAUAAACAGAAAAACACCAGUGGAAAAGAAGAAGCCUAAAAAGAAGUCAUGUCUGCUGCUUUAGACCCGCAUCACGCAGCAGCUCUGAGCCAGAUUGCAGGAAUGAAGAACUGUUGCCCAAUUGGAAAGUGCCAGCAUUCCAGAUGUCAAAAAAUGACGAAGUAACAACAUAUCUGAAGAGGCUUCUCCUGUUUUUAUAUAUUAUGUGAAGAAUUUAGAUCUUAUAAUGGUUUGCACAAGGUCCCUGGAAAAAGAAAUUGCUCUGUGUAUAUCUCUUGGAAAUUAAGACAAUAGUAUUUCUCCUUUGCAAUAGCGGUUAACAGAUGUGAAAAUAAAUAUAAUUGACUCUAGUGUAUAAUUAUACAAAAGAGCAUGGAUGCAUUUCAAAUGUUAGAUAUUGCUACCAUAAUUAAAAUAAUUUCAUAUUGACCUUUUUAUCAUCAUUCUUCCCCAUCAAGCACUAAAAAUGUUCAACCAUUAUACUUUAUAUCUAUAAUUAUAUAGAUAUAUACUAUAUGAAUUUUCCCUUUGAACUCACUGCAGCAAGUAACUUUUUGAGUCAUUGACUUCAUUUUAUAUUUAAAAGUUAUGGAAUAUCAUUAUUUUCAUUCUGCCAUUAUAUUCUAAUUAAAAAUGUUUGUGCAUAAUGCUUUGGAAAAAUGGGUCUUUUAUAGGAAAAAACUGGGAUAACUGAUUUCUAUGGCUUUCAAAGCAAAAAUAUAUAAUAUACUAAACCAACUCUAAUAUUGCUUUUGUGUUUUACUGUCACAGAUUAAAUUACAGCUUUUAUGAAUGAUUAAAUUUUAGUACAUUUUAAUUUUGUUUGUGUGUUUUUGUUAGUUUUCAGGUUUUGGUUUUCCAUAAAGAAAUGUUUUGUGAAUUCCUUCCUGUUACUGCAGUAGUUAAAGUCUUCUGUUAUAAUAAACCCCAAGCACACAGUGGCUAUGCCAACAACCUGUCUCCACACUGGCCCCUGUUGAUGUAUUAAAUCAGAUUACACAGUAAAGACCAUCAGGCUGCUUUUAAAUACUUUGUAUAUUCAUUUGGAUAUUUAAAGAUUGUAUUCUGCUGAAAAUAUCCCUCUGUAUAAUUAUUUUUGUAUGUAAAAAAUUAGUUUAAUACUGUAUCAAGGUCUAUGAUCUUUCAGUCUGACAUGAUCAUGUAUUUCACUGAAGGAAUCUUUGUUUUAAUAUUGUUAAUCUGCAGGGCAGGAGCCCAAGAAUGAAGUUAUGUGCAGCGUCUCAAGUGAAUCUGUGGACUGGAGAAUUGUUUUUGAGUAAAUUGUAAUUGAGUAAAUGCAAAGCUACCACCAGCUAUUACUCUUUUAGGCAAAACUCACCGUGAAUAUUAAAAUCGAAGAGAUUGGUGAACUUGGCCUGAUGAGUACAGCGAGCUGAAUGAGUUUUACUUAAAACCUCCCAGUUUCACAAAAUUCAGGAUAUUGGGAGUGAAGAGACCUAUAUGUGUUUGUCAAACUCACUCUAGUUUGUGUACAAGCAGAAAAAUGACAGCCUUCUGUUUUUGAUAUUGGGCCUGAUUUCCCAACUUCAGAUCUACACUGCCGAAAUUCCAUCGACUUUGGUGACUUACUCCUUCUUUACCCCAGAGUAGGUCAGAAGAGAAUAAGGUCUGUAUCUCCUGUCUCCGCUGUUGGGACGGGGAGUAAAUUCAAGCAAUACUGUAGCCCUUUUUGUCCAAAAGAACAAGAUAGGAAAUCCAAAACUGUAUUGUUCAGGGAUCGAUACGCAAUUUUACUGGAAACCAGGAACUUCCUUAAACAUGUUUUCAAAAGGUGUGGUGGUGGUGCAGCUGCUGAAUUACGCCGAGAUCCUAGUUCUAAGUGCAGCUCUGAGAAGACUGAAUGAAAGAAUUUGGAUGAGAAUGAUACAGCAAAUGGGUCUACACUCAUCAGUUACUAGGAAAACAUUUAGUUGCUUAGCUGCGUCCCUUCACUGACUUGAAUAUGCACUUCUGUCUUUAGAAGGAUCAGAAACGUGGUCCCUGGAGGUUAGUCAAUAUCUUUACUAAAUGUAAGAUUAUUUUUAAUAAUGAUUUUAGUAAUAAAGUAACUGCUGAUGAUGGUUA